ACAGCAGCAGCAGCAGCAGCAGCAGCAGCAGCAAAAUCAACAACAACAAGAAGCACAGUCUCUGCGACCAGGGAGUGAGCGGGCGUCGCCCUUCAAAACCAUUUCUGCAACUAGCAUGGCUCAAGUAGUCCCAAGUUUGUCGCCUCCGUCCAACCGAUCGUCGUCGUCAACAUCCAUCUCCUCAUUGCCAUCGAACAGCAUUAUGCACCAUGCCACAGUCCACGCGGGCUCGGCAAACAGCAAGGUUGUCAGCACGGGCUUCUUUGGUGUGUCGUUUGAUUCGAACAGCACGCCGGGCGCUGCGGCCAAAGCUGAUGGUCACUCGAGCAGUGGGCACGCACCAGCUACCCACACGCUAUCAACCGGCUCUGGCCGCCUCGGAACGACGUCUGCUAGUGCCGUGGUUCGCAAUAUAAGCCAGCCAGAUGCGGGGUUGAGCUCAAGGCGACAAAAGUCCGUGCCAAUGCUCCCUGCUCACACGUCUGCGUCAUCGCAGCCCUCCGUGCAGCCACCAUUGCAGCAUAGCGAGCACAGCCAGCAGUCAGCGCAGCAUCCGCUGGCCCAUUCGGCAUCGCCGCAGUACUCGCAGCUUGCCACCUCGCCUUCAUCGUCGUCGACGCUCAAACCGGUGCUCUCGGCGAACUCGACCAUUUCCGGGAAUCGACUCGAGAAUCGGCGUGUGAGCAUUGACAUGGCCACGCACAUUAGCAUGCACUUGUCGCCGUCUCCAGCGCCGUCCCCUGGCCCGCUCAUGCCCGGUAUGCUGUCCGAGUCGGCUACCAGCAAGGCAAUGACGAUUGCUCGAAAGGCCAUGAACCGAAAAGACGAAGUGCACGUGCUGUUCCAGUCGCUGAGCAACCUGAUCAACACUCUCGGCCACGAGCGGCGGCUGCUGUCAAUCAACGAAAACCUCGAGGCCAUCAUCAAUGCCCGCACGCGCGCGUUGCAAGAAAUGAAUCAGCAACUCAAGGGCGAAAUCGCCGCCAAGCAGCUGGUCAUGGACGACUUGGAGCGUGCCCGCCUGCUCGCCGAACAAGCAGGCAUUGCCAAGUCGCACUUCUUGGCCAACAUGAGUCACGAGAUCCGAACGCCCAUGAAUGCCGUUAUUGGCCUGACGGAUAUUCUCUCCUUCACCAGUCUCACAUCCGAGCAGGCAGAGCUGGUGCAGGUCAUCCGGACAUCUGCCAAUGGCCUCAAGCGUAUCAUUGAUGAUAUUCUUGACCUGACUCGCAUCGAGUCUGGCAAGCUCAAGAUCAUCAAGGAGCGCUUCACCGUUUCAGAGUUUGCCCAGGACGCCCUCGAUCUGGUUGCCUAUUCCGCUUCCGUCAAGAACAUUACAGUCUCCUGUGUCAUCAUGGCCGACGUUCCUUCAACAGUGUCAACAGAUCGUGUGCGCCUUCGCCAAAUUGUCAUCAAUUUGCUCUCCAACGCCAUCAAGUUCACACCUCCGAACGGUCGCGUUGAACUCAUCUUUUUCCGCCGUCGAUCCCGUCCUGCGCGCGAUGACGAUGCCACUUUGCCCAAGGCUGGCGCUCAAGGCGUUCCAGCUUCCAGCAGUCACAGCCACUCGACCAACAGCCACUCGACCAAUAGUCAAUCCAACAAUAGCGCGACAGCGGCAUCCGUUCAUCCGCACAGCAGUAGCCGCAGCACGACCAGCGACCCGGCCCAGGGCUUUUCCUCGUCCACCGUGUCUGGGCAAAGCUCCGGGAUGCGACCAAACCAAUUCAAACUCAUCACCCCGCAUGGGGCAGACGAGUCGUCGAGUUCCGGAUCAUCCAAACACGGCCACAGUGUGGCUGCGACCAUGAAGCGUCUCUUUGGACGCAGCGAUGUCCCUGCUGCCCCACGCGUGUCCGACGCGUCGAAUCCCCGCUCAGAUACGAACCUGAACAUGAUUUCCACUUCUAUUGCCGAGUCGGUGGAAGAGGAAGGUGCAGACGAGGUGGCGAAUCAUGUUCGUCAACAGAGCACCCAGAGUGGAUCCUUCCAGCGCUCACAAGCAACCACCGCUCGAAAUGCUGCCGGCCACUCUAGCACCGUCGCUGCCCCGCCCACCAUUACAGCUGCCAUGGCUUCGACCAUUCGAGCUGCGCCAGUGGCAGGCAAGUCCGUCGGCACUGAAUCUUCAAGUAGUGUCGUCCUGGAAGGCUCCCACAGCGACCUUCACUCGGUCGGCUCGAUUGCCGAGAAUUCAAACGACCUCAUUUACGUGGCUGUUGUUGACACUGGUCCGGGUAUGUCGCGCGAUCUGCUCAAGCGCCUCUUCACCCCGUUCACUCAAGGUGACGCCUCCUUCACUCGAAAGACGGCCGGUACUGGUCUUGGCUUGUCCAUUAGUCGUCAGCUCGUCCGAUUGCUCGGUGGUGUCAUUGCUGUUCACAGCGAAGUCGGUCGCGGUAGUACCUUCACCUUCUCCUUUGCCAGCAACCGCGGACUUUGGCCUGGCGCUGACGCGCCAUUGAUUGGCCAACCUGCGAAUCCCACUUCCGGUAACAGCUCGGCAUUCGAGCACGUCCGCCAGCAGUCGCACCGCAGCAUCACCUCCUCCAAGAGCGGUGGUUCUGCUUCAACGCUCCAGAGCAGCGCGGCCACCAGCAAUGGCGGGUCUGUGGCCAGCACCCAUGCCAGCUCUUCUGCCAAGCCGCAUCCUCGCGAGCCCAUUCGAUUGCAACCUUCGACAGCGUUCAAUGCGGCCAUGCUUCAGUCUGCGCUGUCAGGUCAAGAUUUUGUGAUUAGUCGCCCAGAUCCUGCUGGUGGUAAACGCGAGCCGGAUGAGGCUUUGAGCUUGACCGAGCAGCAGGUGACUCAGCUGCGUCUUCAAACGCAGCUGCAGCACCUGUCAACACCCCAUUCGCAUUCAAUUCACGGUUCCACAACCAGUUCGGUCCACGGUGCUGGAUCGCAGCAGGCGCACAAUUCGAGCACCGCCUCGACCAGCAGCCGCAAGGGCGAGUCUCCUGCCGCUCUGGGCAGCCAGCAACUGUUGGUGGUUCCUCACCCGGCAGCCAACAACUCUCCUUCCUUGCCGAAACGCCACUCGUUCUCUCAACCUGUCUUUUCGACCCCCGACGACGAGGCCAUUCGCCCGCAAAGCUUGCCGCUCCACAGCAUCUCACAUCCACCUGUUUCAGUCAAUUCGACCAUUCCGUUCGAGUACGUUCCACAAGAAGCACCGCCCAAGCAAAUCACAGCGGCGCAACAUGCCGCCAACGUUGCCAACGAAGCGAUCGCCACGUCCGCCCCAGUCGGCUUGACGGCCUCGUCCUUGGCCGCUUUGCCUUCGACAACUCUGUCCGAACAGCUGCUGCCCAGCUACGUGUCUUCGCUCCCGACGCCUACCUCUGCCCCACUAACCUCGGAACCAGUCCAAGUUUCUCCAAGUACGGCGAGGAAGGCACAGCAACAGGCGGCGGGGGCGGCGUCGGCGUCGGCGGCACCACCACAACCACCACAGGAUGCCACAGCGCCUGCUUCGAGGCUUCGAUUGCUAUUGGCUGAGGACAACAAGAUCAACCAGAUGGUUGCUCUGAAGCUGCUCAAGCGUCUGGGCUACAACGCCGAUGUAGCAUGGAAUGGUCGCGAGGCCGUCAACAUGUGUCGCCUCAAAACGUACGACGUUGUGCUCAUGGAUUUGCAAAUGCCCGAGAUGGAUGGUCUCGAGGCUUGCAGCAUUAUUCUUGCCGAGCACUCUGAUCCCGCCGAGCGCCCGCGUAUUGUCGCGCUCACCGCCAACGUGUUUGAACAAGAUCGCGAGCAGUGCGUGCAAGUCGGCAUGGUUGGCUUCCUUGCCAAGCCCGUUACCGCCGUUCAGCUCGAAACGCUGCUCUCGUCCAUGCUACCGCUCCCAGGCCGUCAGGAGGACUAUCAUGACGAGAGCGCAGUUUGAGCAGAGAUGUUGAGAUUGCCUCUGUGGUCGUUGUUUUUCUGCUUUUUGUUUUCCGCUUGCUUCUCCCCUUUGUUUCAAUUUGUUUCUUGUUUGUUUUCUGUGUCCGAUCCGAUUUAUUACAGCUCCAU